GGGUUUUCUUUCCCCAUUCGGGACACCUCGUUUGCAUAGGUGUUAGGUCACGAAAAAUUGAUUGAUGCCAUUUACUAAAACAUAAAAUGAUCGCUGUCCGUGCAUUGCAUUUGACACCUGUGCUGGCGCAGUGAAAACAUUUCUUGGAUAUUGAGCUGAUAUUGGAACAUGGAACUGGAAUUAUGUGCAAUUGAUGCUGGCCUUGAAAACGUUGAAUUCUUCAGUCCAGAAAUGUCCAAGCCGUGUAAGAUGCAAAAAGCUCGUCUGAGGAUCCCCAAAACGGUUGUCCAUGAAGUAUACCACAGUGACGGCGACAUUUUUCCAGAAGCAUUAUGGGUGACAUACAGCAGUGAAUUGACACAGGAGAUCUAUCGCCUGAACAAUGUCCUACAACAGGAGAGAGAGCGGGAGAUUCCCAUUCGACAGAGGAGUAUGGAUGACCAACUCCUGUUGUCCAGACAGAACAGUUGUGAUGACUACGUGGUGAUGACUCGGCAGUACAGCUAUGAUGAACAGCGCCCUCUGUUGUCUAGGCAAGAGAGCAGUGAUGACCACCGUGUCCCGUCCCUAAGCAACAUCCAGAAAGUGCCUUCCAUAUCAGACUUAACAGAUGAUGAUAUUCCUUCCACUACCGCUGUUCCACCUCUGACUCCAGGAACUACACAGAAAAUGUCCCAGGCUGUCCAUGAGAGUUUCAAGACUUUUGAGAGGGAGCAGCAAAAAUAUCACAUCUCAAAUGAUCCAGCCCAGUGGUCAGAAAGCCAUGUGAUGGUGUGGCUAAAAUGGAUUGCACAAGAGUUUAACAUCCUAGGAAUCAAUCCUGGCAAUUUUACCAUGAGAGGCAAAGACCUGUGUCAACUGAAGCGUGACCAGUUUCUGGAUUUGGCUCCCCCAUACCUUGGAGAAAUAAUGUGGGAACACCUGGAGAUUCUCAAGAAAGGUGUAACACAUGAUCAUCCCAGCCUUGGUAGUGCACCCAGUAGUUAUAGCGAGCCUGUAUGCAUGCCAGAAUUUGGAGACCGCUUCCCUAUCCAAGGAUUUUCCAGUCACCAAGACACCAAAAUUGGAGCAUACAAUGGUCUUACUGAGGGCAAAGUCCCAAACACACAAACAUGUACAUAUGGAGCAAUAACAGAAUCCAUGCAAACCUUGAAUGAUGUGAGCGAUUCUCCUAACAGUGGCAGUUUUGAUGACCACUCAGACUGUCAGAGUCUGGAGACCAUUCCACACUACUAUACCUCAGACAACAGCCCUACAACUGAGUUUUAUUCUCCCAUCCCUGAGCAAAAAUUCCAUCCGCCAGUGAUUCCAGAUAUUUGUCAUGGUCAGCAGUACAUGAGGCAGGACAACCGGUAUCAGUACAGCCAAGUGUACCAGAACCAGAUGGUCCCCAGCAUUAAGCAGGAGUACUUGUGGUCCGAUUGUUCAGAGAGCAGCCUCAACGACAGCUGGUCAUCAGAGUAUCGUGGGGGCCUCAACAUGGGGGUGUCAAGAAGUCUUCAGUCCUCACCCACAGAUCUCUCCUACCCUCAGUCUGAGGUCAAACCAAGCAACUUUCCAGCCAUGGUGGGCUAUUCUGGAAGUGGACCUAUUCAGCUGUGGCAAUUUCUUCUAGAGCUGCUGACAGACAAAAAUUGCCAACAUUUCAUCAGUUGGACGGGAGAUGGAUGGGAAUUCAAACUAUCUGAUCCAGAUGAAGUGGCCAGGAGAUGGGGAAUAAGAAAAAACAAACCGAAAAUGAAUUAUGAAAAAUUAAGCAGAGGACUUCGUUACUAUUAUGACAAAAACAUCAUCCACAAAACAGCAGGAAAGCGUUAUGUUUACAGAUUUGUGUGUGACUUGCAGAGCUUGCUAGGCUAUACGCCAGAGGAACUUUUUGAAGCAUGUGAUAUCAAACCUCAAGCUGAUAAAGAUGAUGAGUGAGAGUCCGAGUCGCCUUAAUGAUUGGUUGCAAAUUUUGAAGUGAAUCAAAAUCACUUCUGUUGUUUAUUUGGGGCACUUUUUAAGCUCUGGUUCACAAAUUCCUUUUCUUAAAUCUUAAUGACACUGCUCAUGAUGUGGAGGUCAUGAUUUCUUUUGUAAAGCAGUAGAUUUUUCAGUUUGUAAUAGAAAAGGAAUGUGAUGUAACUUUGGCUGAUCAAAAACAGGAUGAUUUUGUGAUGUUCAAGUUAAAAUGUGAUGAUAUCGGAAUGACUAUGAUUGAUAAAUAUCAUUUGUCACAUUGUUGUUUUCAUAAAAUAUUGAUCUCAGUUUUUCAAGCUGAAUAUUUUUCAAAAAAAUGGCAUGUUAUGUUUUUUGAAAGGCCUAAAUUAUGUUUGUUGAUUUUAUUUAAGGCCAUGUGAACUACAGCAACAUAAAAUGUACAUAUUUAUAUUCGUCUGUGUUCUUGGAAAGAAACAUCCUGUAUAACACUAUUGAAAAAGCAUUAAUGUGAAAUAUUUUAUGUAAAACAUCUCACUGUGUCAUAGGUCAAAAAUUUGAAUAGGCAGCUGAUGUGGUCUGAUUUUACAAAAAUAUAGAUGCAUGAAAAUACACAUAAUUUUGAACCUUGAUGCAUUCCACUUAUUACCAUGGCAAAUGUUUGGGGGGGGGGGGGGAUCAGCACUAUUCUUUUUUUUUCUUUUUUUGUUUUUGUUUAAAAUUAUGCAAAAAGAGGAAAUCCCAAAUUUUUAAAUUCUUCAUUUAAAUUAAAUCACCAUUUCAUUCCUUUGUAUUUUCGAAAGCAAUACUUUGUUCUUACUGCUUGCUCUCUUGUACAGUAAUGUUGCAAAACAAAACUUGUUAUUUAUGUGUGUAUGUAUAGAGGCCUUUCUGGUAAAAUCAUGCAUAAAAUCUGUUACAUUUUGAUAUAUUUUACAUAUAGUGCUGAGAUAUGACGUAGUCGGUAUCAGUACUGUUGUCCAGUUUUGUUCUUACUUAGAAUGAACUGAAUAAUUUCAUUACUCUGGCAUUAAAGAGAAAUUAAUACAAGUUUCAGUAUUUCAUUAUUGUAGAUAAGUUUAUUCAUGUCAUCGCAAUUUUACGAUCUGGGUGAUUUUUUGAAGUGUUCUUAAGGAAAUUGAAGGUCUGUAAUUGUGUGUAGAUUCUUGAUUGGUUUUAUUCAUUUUAAUUUUGUUCAGAAACCUAGUCAAAUAAAGUUCUUUUGCGUAUGUUUUCAAAAAUGUUGCAGUAAAAUCCAAUAUUGUGUUCAUUUAUUUUAAUUUCUAUCUUAUAAUAAUACAUGUAUCAUUGAUCAAAGACUGUUUUUACACGGAGAGAUUAAAUGUGGUAGGAAUAUACUAACCACACUAUUUUGUGUUCAAUAUCAUAUUUUGACUUUUUUAUGAGGGACAUGAAGUCGUUGGAUGGAAUAAAUUUUUAUUGCAAUGAAUUUUUAAUUUUCUUUUUAAAAAAAAGAUCUUUAUGGAUUUUCAACUGAAAUGUAUUAUAUUAUGUGUUCAGUCAUUGAUAAUUAUUUUCAUUUUGUAAUCAUUUAUUGCAUUUUUUUUUUUUCUUUAUUUUUAUUACUAUUAAUUGAAAUUCUGAUAAUUUAAAAGAAAAAUUGAAUUUUCAUUAUAAUGUGUGUUAGCAAUAGUGCCUUAAUUGAUUGUUUUUCCACAAAUAUGUCUUGUUUGAAAAUAAGUUUUAAAAAGUCUGUUAAAAAAAUGGAGAGAAAAAAAAAGUUUUGUUACAAGAAAUAAAAGAGUAGAAGCCAUUAAUAUUCCUUUUAAUAAAAUUGUUAUACUUUUUGAUCUACCCAUAUAAGAUGAAUAUGUACAGUUAAACGCAAAAUUGGUUUUGUACAUUGUUUCUUAGAAAAUGUAUGUGGUGGUAUGGAGGAAACAUUCACCACUCAUGCAUGGCUGUUGUUGAUCUAUCAUGCAUUUUGUAUAUAUUUUAUACUAGUUGUUGAUCCUUGUACAGCUUUCAAUGAUGUUCAUACUUUCCUUACAUUUGAUUAACUCAUCUUGUUUUCAUAUUGUGCCUUGAAGGCAGGAACAACUUGCAUUUUUGUAACCAAACAAAAAAUCAUUAUUAUGCUUUCUUUUUAAGGUUACACUUUGAUUUAUGGGAAUUCAAAUCCUUGAUUUAAUCAUAUUGUUAAAAGUUGCUUUUUUAUUGAAAUAUAUAAAAUUGUAUUGAUAUUGUAGAUAUUUGUAAAGAAAGACAAAUAAAAACAAUUAAAAUAUAAAACCAAA